AUGCCAUGGUGGUCUCGACUACGGAGAGCGGAGGCAGGUGGCGAGCGCAUUCUGGCGUUCACCGAUUCGCAUAACCUCGUCAUUGCAAACACGAAAAUGUCAAAGCAGCCACGCCACUUCGUCACCUUCAAUGGCAGGGCUAGGACGCAAAUUGACUUCAUGUUGAUAGAAACUCGCGAUCAAAACAUCACCGAUGCCAUCCACGCUACACGACUCCUGAUUGAGAAGCAAAAGCCUCUGCAUCUCGCCUCCCUCGACUUGGCGAAAGCAAUUGAUCGCGUUUCGCAUGAAGACAUGACAGAAGAGAGUUGGCUUCUAUCCAAGUUAUUCUCUUCCGCCUCGGAGGAAUUAGCUGCAAGAAUGGUGAACGAGAAUGGCUCCGCACAACAUGGACUGGAGGGCAAUGGUUACCACGGAGGAAGUUUUGAGGCACAUAACGGAGAAACAACAAACGGCCAUACAGAACCUGGAUCAGACACUCCUACUGAGUGUGGUUCUGAAACUGAUGACAACAACAUGGAGAACACAGCUGAGUCUGAGGUAGCUGGUGACGCUGAGUACGAGCUCAACAGAGAGGAGCCCCCUUCUGCUUCUGCGCACGAAUGGAAAUUCAUACUCCUGAAAGCUGAAUAUGCGGAGGAGCUAUGUGAACAAAUUCGGAAAAUGAAGCCUUAUGACAGGUGUCAAAGUUCUGGCAGCAUCGUUCCUACCAAGUCUUUGCGAGACUUGGUUGAGGGAUUCUGCUUGUUUUUGGAUUGUGGCACGAAAAUUCCUGUGAAGGUUAUGAAGAACUUAACUAGGAAGGUUUUCGCUCGUUGUGACCUUCUUUUCGAAAUAACCCGGAUACUACCGGAUUGCUUGCAAAGACUCAACCAAAGCACAGUUUCAACUUGGUUCAAUGUGUUCCAUUUCUUAAAAUCUGUACCCGAUCCCCGUGUUUCAGUCACGCCAAGAAUUUUCAGUGUCAUUCAUCAUCCGCUGAAAGCGCACAAGAAGAAGAAAUUGGUAAGAAUGUUUCAAGAAAACUGGAUUAGCUUGAUGAUGCAAUCAGUACCAAGCAAAGUUCUCGCAGUCAUGAUACCCUACAUCACGGAAAAUAUCUUAGACAAAUUAGAUGAACCCCACAGAACGGCUGACUUCUUUUUUAAGGCGUUUGACAGGGGGGAUAUGUUCGCUAUUCUCUCUUUAGGAGCCAUAUUCAAGUUAAUCGUUGUGCAUAACUUUGAGUAUCCUAAUUUCUAUGAUCAUGUUUACUCGUUAACGAAGCCAUCAGUGUUGUACUUGGACCAGAAAGAAAAAUUCAUUACUCUUCUUGAUAAAUUUUUAUCUUCCACACAUAUUCCCAAUUAUAUAGUUGCAAGCUUUGCCAAGCGACUCUCUCGAAUGCUUCUCUUGGCUCCAGUGGACGCUCAAGAACCAGUGUUAGGGCUCAUCCGGAAUUUGUUAACACGCUACCCGAACGUCUCCUGUCUUAUUCAUCGUGAGGUCUCAGAAACGCUUUCUUCGGAUCCUUAUAACGAGAAUGAGCCUAGUCUGAGCAAGUGUGGAGCUCUAAAUAGCUCUCUUUGGGAGGCCAGAAGUUUGCAAAAACAUUGGCAUCCGAACGUUGCAAAGAGAGCUAGCUUUGUUGACGGAAAACUUCAACAGAUGGAAUCCUUUGUUCGAUUUCGAUGUCAAGAUGAACUGUUUUCGAAUAUGAUGGCGAAGACGUUUGGUAGCGGAGAAGGCUCAAUAGAAGAUAAAUAUAGCAAAGCACAGGAUGGCUCAGAAGAUGAAGAAGUUUCAGCAGAGAAGAAGAGAAAACCGAAGGGGAAAUUUGCUAGAAAACGCGAGGACCGCAAGGAACAUGCCAUUCCAAUCAACUUCACUGCUCCAAGAGGCCAUUUAUUCCCCGAAAAUUCGUUCAAUUUGAUGGACCCCAAGGGUGCUUAUCUGAUUAAGAUGAAUAUGAACAGUCCUCAUCCGUCGGUUUUGGGUGGUCUCGGAGGUGACACUCCAGCCCAUGGGCCGGCUUCUGUUCUAGGACAUGGGGGACCUGGAUCAGUACUCGGGCAGCAUGGAGGACCGGGGUCAGUCCUUGGACCCGGCUCUAUCAUAGGUCCUUCCAGUAUCGUGGGACCAAACAGUUUGCUCGGACCCUCUUCUAUGAUUGGUGGAUCUCACCAAGCGCAGAGUAUGAUGCAUAGUAACCAUGGCGGCCCUGGUUCCAUGGUUGGAUUCGCUUCUCAGGAUCGCGGUAGUAAUAUGAACUUAAAUCUGAAUAUCAACCCAUCGUCAGUUGUAAAUGUUGGUGGGAAUCCUGGAUCAGUGUUUCAGGACAUGAAUCCAGGAUCUGUCGGGCCUAACCUUGCUGUUCCAAUGACGCCUUUGAAUUUUGAACAGCAAAGUUAUCGAGAUGCAAACCACAUGCCAGCGUCGAAUCUUCCCGCGGCUAUGAUGCCAGCUACACCUGUCAGUGCCAUUGACAUUCCUAUGCCAACACUACAGAAUAUUGUAUCCACAGUCAAUCUAGGGGUACCUUUGGACUUAAAGAAGAUUGCAUUGCAUGCACGUAACGCGGAGUACAAUCCGAAACGUUUUGCCGCUGUUAUUAUGCGCAUUCGUGAGCCACGAACAACUGCUCUCAUCUUCUCCAGCGGUAAAAUGGUUUGCACUGGAGCAAAAUCGGAAGAUGCUAGCCGGUUGGCUGCUCGAAAAUACGCUAGGAUUGUGCAAAAGUUAGGAUUUGAUGCCAAAUUCACGGAGUUUAAAGUCCAAAACAUGGUUGGUUCCUGCGAUGUUCGCUUUCCCAUCCAGUUGGAAGGGUUGUGUGUUACGCACACUCAAUUUAGUACCUACGAACCGGAAUUGUUCCCUGGGUUGAUCUAUCGCAUGGUUAAACCGCGUGUUGUGUUGCUGAUCUUCGUUUCCGGAAAGGUUGUUAUCACAGGAGCUAAGUUUAAAAAGGAUAUCGAUGACGCGUUUAGUCAAAUUUAUCCGAUUCUCAAAGGAUUCAAGAAGUGA